AUGACACAGUAUUUGCCGAGCAGCGAUGGCCUGAUGCGCUCCACGUUGCGAGAAACCAUCAUGCGCAUCCGCCGUAUACGAAAGAAGGCUGGCCGCGAAGAUGAAAACGAGGAGGAGUCUUCUACGGAUCCGCAGCGUGACCUGUCGCUGGCGUUUAUCCGCUGCAUCGCACGCACGAAGAAACUCAUCAAGGAACGCAACGAAGGAGUGAGUCUUCACGGGCAAGACCGCAUGGUCAUCGAGCAAUCGAAUAAUAUCCGGAAGGACAUGCGUACCAUGGAGACGCUUCUUGAGGAGAUGAAAAGGUAUGUGGAAGCCACCGAAUCCACACUCGCGCAAGCAAACCGAAAGAAAAAACCAGAUAAACAAAAAGUGGCACUUCUAGAAAAACAACGCGACGAACAAGUGGCUCAAUACAAUGAGUGCUUCUCGAUGCUCGAGCUAGUGCGGGAGUUGGACCAACAGCGGAAUUCAAAUGGUCAAAAAGGUGCAAAUCUCGCUCAGGAAAUGCAGUUUGGACGCAAGACGCAGUUACGCCAGCAACUUUUGAUGCUUCGUCGGCAGCGAACGAGUGAAGGUGGUCACGCUGAUCCUAAUGAGGAGAUUGAAUUGCAUGAUGAUGCCGUGGGUGGAGGCCGGUUAGAGGAUAAUGAGGAGACAAGAGAGUCUAUGAAGGUCAUUGGAGCACAGGAUGCCGAAAUUGAUGCAGGGCUGGAUCGACUGAAGGCGGGAGUGGGUAGGUUGCACAACCUGGCGCUGGAGCUUGGCGUACAGAUUGACAUGCAGGCGCAGACGUUGGAGAAGACAGAGCAAACGAUGGAUGCUCAAGUGAAUAAGUUACGUAAUAUUAACCGCCGUAUUGGUAAAUUUAUGAGGGAGAAACAGCCACUGAACACCUUCUUGAAUAUGUGUUGUUGUCUGCUUAUCAUUUCCCUCGUGGGGUUCUUCCUUGUACAGUUCAAUGUCAUCUAG